AUGGCCAAGCGGAUUGCAGAUAAAGAGCUGACCGACAGAAACUGGGAUCAGGAAGAAGUGGGAGAAGAGGCUGGAACCUUCUCUCUGGCAAGUGAUGAUGUUUUAAAGAACCGUCCCAUUAAAAAAGCAAAGCGCAGAAAUGCUGGGUCAGAUGCUGAUGGAGGUUCCUUCAAAGGUUUUAAAGGAUUCUCACUGAUGCCAUCAACAACAAGUGCCGGCUCAAGUACUUUUUCAAGUUUUGGAAAUGGCAGCAGUUUCAAAGGUUUUGGAAGUUUGAGCAAUGGAAAUGUCACUCCUUCUUUUGGAACAUUCACAGCACCUCCCACAUCCACGGCUACAACUGCAUUCAAUGGCUCCAUCUCCUCUAGUGUCACAGUUGACAUCUCCACAAAACAGACCAAUGGCACUGCCCUGAGCCAAGUUCAAACCUCCUGCACGAGCACCAGUAAUAAGGAGUACAGUCGGCAGCUCACUGCACUUAACUGCUCUGUACGGGACUGGAUCACCAAGCAUGUCAAUGACAACCCAUUGUGUGACCUGAACCCCAUCUUUAAGGAUUAUGAGCAACACCUGACGAGCAUCGAAAAGAAGUAUGGUGCCGGAGUGGCCAAUGUAGGCUCAGGAGAUAAGCCAGUUAUCUCAGAAGAAUCAGCUGCUCCACCAGCGGCUUCCAUCAGCACCCCAACACCGGCUCUGUUCUCGUUUGGGAAAGGGACCAAUGAGUCAACUCAAACUAAAACUACAACGGUUCCCGCUGGUGUUACUUUUAACUUUGGCCAGAAGGUCGACAGUACAGUUUUGAGUUCGUUUGGAUCCAAGUCCACUGCUCCCAGUUUCUCAUUCUCCUCCAGCAGUACGUCAACACAGAGCCCCCUCUUUGGAGCAGCCAACUCUGAACCAACAUUGUCCUUUGCUACACCAAAAAGUGACAUGACACCACAAAUGGGUGAAACCGGAGACGAGGAAACUGAAGAGCCACCAAAACCUGAGGUCAAGGAAGUGAAGGAGGAAGACGCUUUUUAUUCAAAAAAGUGUAAACUUUUCUACAAAAAGGAUUCUGAAUUUAAAGAAAAAGGAGUUGGAACCUUGCACUUGAAACAAAGUGGUGAAGACAAAACUCAGAUGAUAAUUCGUGCUGACACCAAUCUUGGAAACAUACUACUGAACAUAAUUCUACAGUCAUCUCUACCAUGCUCUAGAGUUGGAAAGAACAAUGUCAUGCUUAAGUGUGGUACUUCCUGCGCUGACCCGGAAGCUCUUGUUCGGACACGCCGCCUCCGUGUCGUGUGCGUGAGUCCACACCACACACCUUGCCAUCAAACAAACGAAUUAGAUGAAAUACAAAGGCCCCUGACGUGUAUAUGUUUCAUUAAGAUGAGAGAUCUUCCUGUAUCGCCUGAAGUGAGGAGCAAAUUUGCCGCAGACCACAGCUAA